GCUGGGCCUGGGGUUCUGGGCCAGCAGCCACUUAGUGCUGCUGACAUGGGCCAGGGAGCCAGAGGCCCUGCAGUGGCCCAGGAUCCAUGAGCCAAGCGGGAGGCCGCAGGACACAAGGUCGCCAUGGGGAUAGCCACCCUGGGUCCCCUCUGGGCUGCCCUCCUGCUCCCUCUCUUGGUGUUUGGGGUCCCCACAGAAGAGCCCACCUCCAGGGAAGCUGUGGCCUCCACCCCCACUGGGGGCUGCCAACGGUGCUGUGACUCCCUGACCCCUGCUGAUGCUGCAGAUGUGUCCCCAGCCUCUCCGUCCGCCCUCCCGUAUGUCCUGCCUGAGGUCAGGCCCUACAUUAACAUCACCAUCCUGAAGGGUGACAAAGGGGACCGAGGCCCACUGGGCACACCAGGGAAGCUGGGCAAGGAGGGUCCCCGGGGGGACCGUGGCCCACAGGGCAGCAAGGGCUCUAAGGGGCAGGCGGGCAGCCCGGGCGCCCCGUGCCAGACGCACUUCUCGGCCUUCUCGGUGGGCCGCAAGACGGCCCUGCACAGCAGCGAGGGCUUCCAGCCGCUGCUCUUUGACACGGUCUUCGUGAACCCCGACGGGCACUUCGACAUGGCCGCCGGCCGCUUCGUUGCCCCCCUGCGCGGCCUCUACUUCUUCAGCCUCAACGUGCACAGCUGGAACUUCAAGGAGACCUACGUGCACGUCGUGCACAACGAGGAGGCGGCCGUCAUCCUGUACGCGCAGCCCAGCGACCGCAGCAUCAUGCAGAGCCAGAGCGUGAUGCUGGCCCUGGCGCCCGGCGACCACGUCUGGGUGCGGCUGUUCAAGCGCGAGCGUGAGAACGCUGUCUACAGCGACGACGUCGACACCUACAUCACCUUCAGCGGCCACCUCAUCAAGCCUGAGGACGACUGAGUGCCUCCAGGUCACCGUCCCAGAGGGGCAGCUCAUGUGCCGGGUGGCCGUGGGCAGGUCCCGUCCCCUGCAGGGCUCGGAUUGCAUCUUGUAAGCGGGUGUGGGGUGGGCAGGUGGUCCCCAAAGACCUGGCAUUCUGGGGAGGCCCCCCUACUUUCCUUACCGCCAUCAUCCCUCCCAAACCAUUUCUGCUCCUCUCUCAUAUUUUGGAUCUAUUUUAAGAGACUUUCUACCUAAAUAUUCUAGAUCUUUCCCAACCAUGUAGCCCAGCACUUCUCACACUUCAAUGUGCACGUGCAUCACGUGGGGCUCUUGUUAAAAUGCAGAUUCUGAUUUAGCAUCCAGAGGGGGCCCAGGAUUCUGCAUUUCUAACAAGCUCCUGGGUGACGCCGAUGCUAUCAGUCUACGAACCACACUUGAGUAACCGCAUUCUAGAACUUUCCCAACAUCCCAGUACUUUCUGAACAUUCUGGAAUCUUCCAAACAUUCUGGAAUUCUCCCAUUACUCUAGGACUGCCCCUCUGCCUUCUCUCUGUCUCCUCUGUGGCCACCAUUCAUUUCCUCACUCACCAAACGCUGAGCGUCUCUGUGCCGGCCCGGGAAGGGUGCGCUAAGGCAGACACAGCCUGCCCCUGCCCUCAGGGAGCACCUGUCCGGCCCAGGUGGGGAGACAGACGAGUACGUGGAGAUUUUACGCAGACGCAGAGAGCACGCAGGGCUCUCCUGGGCGGGUCUGUGUCUGGGUGUCCAGGCGCUGCAGGUCUUUCCUAACACACUGCUCCCCGAGGUAGGGGGUAUCCCCUUCCCGUUCCUCGCCCUCCUCCUGCCCAACGCCCCUCAUUAAAGCAAGCCCCAGAGGGGCCUUGGCCGGGUCAAGGGUCCUGCGAGGAGAGGACUCAGGGGUUUGGAGUCAUUGGGGGGUGGAGGGGGCCCCUGGGGAGUGCAGCCCGGACCCCCAGCUCCCCGCACAGCCGGCGUGGUGACCUGUGAGGACUCCUGCCCCCCACACUGGCAUCCCCUCCCAGCCUCCUCCCAGGGCUCUGCCAGGGCCUUGCUCAGUCUCUCCUGCCAAAGGUCUCUGAGCCUCAGUUUCCCCAGGACUUCCAGCCACUGUCAGACACAGAUGUCUGUCCCUAGGUGCUCUCUGACCCUCCUUGCCCCUCACACCAGCCCAGUGUCCCCAACUCUCCAGGCUUUAUCAAGGUGCUAAGGCCCUGGUGGGCAGCUGCUGCCCACAGAGCCCUCCUCCGGCCUGGUGCUGCCCCGUAUCACCGGCAGGUGAUGGGCCAAGACGGAAGGCGUGAGGCUUUGAGCGCUCCUCAGGCAUGGGGGCCUGAAGCAGGCAACGUUCCAGGUCAUUCAGGGGCCCUCCUCUGAGCCAUGUUGCCCAGAAAGGCACUGGGGGAGGGCGAGGCAAGGAGGGGACAGCAGGCCUCUGUCUCUUCUCCCUGGCGGCCCCCAGCCUUCCUCUCCCCCACCCCAGGUGGCCUGACCUUCCCAGGGAGGGGCGGCCGCCACCUAUUGGUGCUUCUGCAGACUCCGGGGCAGAGGGCCCCCAGGGGGUGGUCUCUGGUGCUCACAGCCACGGGAGCCAUGGCCACGUGGCCAGGUCAUCGGAGCAGGGCCUGAGCCAGUGCCAGGAAGACUGGUGCAAUGACCACCCCGGCCUGCCCGCGCCCCUCCCUGCUUGUCCAGCGUGAUUAAAGGAUGC